AUGGAUAGGAAUUUGUUACGGCUUCUUAAUAUCUGUUCGGUCUUUGGCAUUUGCAUACAAAUCCCUCAAUGUUGUGGUCGGAAGGGGUCAUGCCUAUUUACGCUCUACAUCAUUCUAUUAUUUGCCAUACUAAUCCUUAGUUGUGUAUUGGGUGUAAUGAAAAGGCAAAUGGAGAAAGAGUAUAUUAUAUCGUGGGCUGUGUCUACCAUUGUUUUCAUCUCGCAAAUGUUUACCCAUUUCAUCAUUUUGUGUGAGACCCUGAGCAAACAACAGCAGCAUCUGGAUUUCUUGAGGGCCCUAGACGAAAUUGAUGAUUGCUUUAAGAUCCAUUUGAAAAUGGAUGUGAAAACAUCAAACAUCAUUAAACAGUUUCGUUCAACAAUUCUAAUAAUGAACGUGAUCUCCACCACCGGCCUGAUAGUGUUUGCUUUGAAUUUUUAUUUAUACUCCGAUGCUGGUUACUAUUGGUGGGCUCUGAUGUCGAUUUUGGCCAUGCGUUUUCGUUUAUUGCAAUUCAUUGUGUAUGUGGAGAUUUUAAAGUGUUACAUGAUGGGUUUAAAUAGAAAACUAAAUCAAGUGGUUUGUUUGAAAACGCAACGAUGUCAGCAAUUAUUGGAUAUUGACUAUAAGCAUCUGCAGUCGCUGGAUGUUAUUAAGAAUAUUAAACAUAUUUAUGCCUGCAUCUAUGAGGCUUCAACGUUAAUGAAUGAAUUUGGUCAGGCUUCAUUGUUUGCGGCCAGUGCUGCGAAUUUCUUGGAUUUCACUUGUCACAUCUACUGGACCCUCUUGGCCAUGGAUAAUCUAUUGGCUGUUUAUAAUAUUAUAUCGUCAUUGGCUACCAUGGUGCCUUUGGGUAUGUUUAUGGUGAAAUUUUGUCUUAUUUGUCAGGCUAUUAAAGAGGAGGGCCAACGCACUUCUUUACUUUUAUCCCGUUUGGUGUGCAGUGGCGCCUGUCCUUCCAUCAACACACAAUAUAAGAAUUUGCUGCAUGAUUUCACUUUGCAAUUAAUGCAUCAACGUAUUGUAUUUACCGGCAAACGUUUCUUUGAUUAUGAUUUGCACUAUAUAUUUGCGAUUUGCGCCUUAAUUGCUACACAUUUAAUAAUACUCAUACAGUUUACCAAGAUUGACUCUAAUCAUUAUACAAAUAUUACAACUUAA